AUAAGAUAGCCGACUGAGCUGACCAUUGCGCCCUCUUCAGAUCGAGGAAUUCACCAUUCCGCCGCCCAACUCUGCUCUACGAUCGACAUAAACAUCGAAUAACGAUGGCGCUCAAGUUUCUCAACAAGAAGGGAUGGCACACGGGCAGCCUCCGCAACAUCGAGAAUGUCUGGAAAGCAGAGCAAAAGCACGAAGCCGAGCAGAGAAAGCUCGAGGAACUCCGCAAGCAGAUCCACGAGGAGCGCGACCGCGCCGAGUUCCGCCAGCUCCAGGAACAAGCCGGCCUUAUUUCGGGCCAGGAGCGUUUGGAGUUUCUGUACGAUUCUGGAUUAGCUGUGGGCAAGGGUUCUGGAUUCAAGGCUCUGGAAUCGUUGCCCAAGGCAGAGCCGGGGCCUGCUGCAUCGUCUUCUACUUCUGCGAAGGAGCCGCAGCCAGCUUCACUGGGAGCUUUGUUUGAGGAUAAGCCACAGUCAGCCAAUGAUUCGUGGAGGAAGCUUACUUUCGAUCCCCUGCUUUCGAUCCGUCGGAGUGAACAGGAAUCUCUAGCCCGCAUCAAGAAGAACCCCAUCCAGAUGGACAUGAUCCGCAAAUCAGUAGAAGCACAGAAGAACAAAGACAAGGAUGGAAAGAAACACAAGAAAAAACAUCACAAAAAGAAGCCCAAACACAACACGAAUUUGUCGUCGGAUAAUGACUCUGAGGAUGACCUUUUGACAGUGGAAAAGCACAAGGAGAGUCGCCAUAAGGGCUCCAGAUCUGAAAAGCAUUCAAGUAAGAGAAUCCAUACAUCUGAUGAUGAAUUGAGUGAAGGAGAUGGUAGAAUAAAGAAAUAUUAUGAUGAGUCCAAAGAUCGGAGGCCAAGUGGCUCUCAGGAUGCCUCUUUGACAGUGGAGAAACACAGAGAGAGUCGCCACAAAGGAUCCAGAUCGGAAAAGCAUUCGAGUAAGAGAGUCCAUAUUUCUGAUGAUGAAUUGAGUGAAAGAGAUAGUAAAAGAAAGAAAUACCACGAUGAGUACAAAGAUCGGAGGCCAAACGAUGAGUACAAAGAUCGGAGGCCAAACGAUGAGCACAAAGAUAGGAGGCCAAACGAUGAGCACAAUGAUAGGAGGCCAAAAGAUGAGCACAGAGAUAGGAGGCCAAACGAUGAGCACAGAGAUAGGAGGCCAAAAGAUGAGCACAGAGAUAGGAGGCCAAACGAUCAGCACAGAGAUAGGAGGCCAAACGAUGAGCACAAAGAUCGGAGGCCAAUUGGCAGUCCUAAUCGCAAUAUCGACAGAGUUGAUGAUGAUCAACAUAGAAGUAGUAGGAGUCAUCAUGAAUCCAAUAAGGAGCGUUCUUCAGAACAGCAGCAUGAACCUUGUCAUGAGAAGAACAGUUAUUCUUAUUCAAGCACCUCUGUUAAGCCACCAAGGCCUGAGUCAAACAACAGGCCCCGAAAAGCUGGUAAACUAUCAGAAGAAGAGAGAGCUGCUAAAUUGAAGGAGAUGGAAAUGGAUGCUCAACGGCACGAGGAACAAAGAUGGACGCGUAUAAAGAAAGCAGAGGAUGCUGAAGCAAAGGAAGCUAUUCUUGAUCAUGUCACUUCUGGUAGAAACUUCCUGGAUGCUACUCAGAAAAGUGUUUAUGGAGCUGAGAAAGGAGGAAGCUCAACGAUCGAGGAGAGUGUGCGCCGCCGUGCAUAUUAUUCACAGCGGCGAUCCGACAGUGAGAGCAAUGCUUUCCGGAGAGCCUAAUUUUUUGACAGAGAUCCAGAUUUUUUCUGGUAAAAUAUGUAACCAUAAAUACAGAAUUCCUGUACCUGGUUGUUUGUAGUUCUGUGUGGUUUUCGCUUAAAUGUUUUCAGUUUCAUUAAAUUUAUUUGAGCUACAAAUUCUCCA